UGCCGAUACGCAGUCGCAGUAUUGUAUGUACCGUGGCUCGGAUUCCCUCACUUUCUGUUCAUCGUGUGUGUCGGAUAAAUUCGUAUUCGACGAUUCGAAUCUUUUUUUUUCAAUUUCGCAGCAUACUUCAAUUUCACUCGAUGCAGAACGUGCUCGAUGCAAAUUCCAGACUGUGAUACGAAAUGGUAAUCGUUGCACGAAUUAUAUCUGGUGCUUUAGUGUCGUAUACCGGUAACGCCCUAAUCAUCCGCAGGUAUUAGUCAUUUAAUGUAACUGAUAUGAGAAUAAUCUAAGAAAUAUCGAGAAGUAUCAUUAAGACAACAAGUACAAUCGAGAUGGACAGCAAAGGAAGGAAAAUUAUCGUCUGCGACAACGGCACCGGGUUUGUCAAAUGUGGGUAUGCUGGUGCAAACUUUCCGGCUCACAUAUUUCCGUCUAUAGUUGGACGACCUAUAAUCAGAGCUGUCAAUAAGAUCGGUGACAUCGAUGUGAAGCAAGAGUAUUGCGUUCGUGAUGUGCUUAACAUGCCUGAUUUAAUGGUCGGCGAUGAAGCGAGUAAACUUCGUUCUAUGUUAGAAAUAAGUUAUCCCAUGCAAAAUGGAAUUGUUAGAAAUUGGGACGACAUGUGCCACGUGUGGGAUUAUACGUUUGGCAAAGAGAAAAUGAAUAUUAAUCCUAGAGAAUGCAAAAUUCUGUUAACUGAACCACCGAUGAAUCCUAUCACGAACAGGGAGAAAAUGAUCGAGGUGAUGUUCGAAAAGUACGGUUUCGCUGGGACGUACAUCGCUAUCCAGGCAGUGCUAACGUUAUACGCUCAAGGAUUGAUCAGCGGCGUUGUCGUGGACUCCGGUGACGGUGUCACGCACAUUUGCCCCGUGUUCGAGGAAUAUGCCCUGUCACACUUGACCAGACGGCUGGACAUAGCCGGGCGCGAUAUUACGAUGUAUCUGAUUAAGUUACUGCUGCUGCGCGGUUACGCUUUCAAUCAUUCGGCGGACUUUGAGACGGUCCGGAUGUUGAAGGAAAAAUUAUGUUACAUCGGUUACAAUAUAGAGACCGAGGAAAAGCUAGCUCUUGAAACCACUGUGCUGGUAGAAUCUUAUACCCUCCCGGAUGGGCGUGUGAUAAAAGUAGGUGGUGAAAGAUUCGCGGCACCGGAAGCUCUCUUCCAGCCGCACUUGAUCAAUGUCGAGGCGCAGGGAAUAGCCGAGCUGGUCUUUAGCACGAUUCAAGCUGCCGAUAUCGAUAUCAGAAGCGAGCUCUACAAGCAUAUUGUCUUGAGUGGAGGUAGUACGAUGUAUCCGGGGCUUCCAUCGAGGCUUGAACGAGAGAUCAAGCAGCUUUACCUUCAGAGAGUACUAAAGAAUGAUACUACCAAAUUGAAUAAAUUUAAAAUAAAAAUUGAAGACUCACCUCGACGUAAGGACAUGGUUUUCAUGGGUGGUGCCGUGUUAGCGGAAAUAACAAAGGACCGAGAUUCCGUGUGGAUAACGCGGGAAGAAUACGAGGAGAAAGGUCUCAGUGUAUUAAAAAAAUUAGGCUCCUAUGAAUCAUAAAGGAAAUUAUUAUAGUGUAGAUUAUUUUCAACAAAUUUUCAAUCAAGGGCAAUCAAGUGUUUUUUAUACCUGGAAAAUACCGUUCUUGAAAAUUAAUCUUGCUCGAGUAAUUUUACAAAAAUGACUCGUUAUACAUUUGUGAAGAACGAAAAACUUGAAAAAAACUUACCAAGUGUUUCUUUUCUUUAUACGAAAUACGUGAUGUGCAUUUUUUGAUUAAACGCGAAUAGUAAUAUAAUUUCAAGUACAUUAAAAAAUUACUUAAAAAAUUUUACACACACAUAUACACAGGGUGUCUCAGAACUGAUGAUACAACCGAGAAGGGAGUGAUUCUACAUGAAAAAAUAAGUCGAAUAACAUUUUUUUAUAUAAGGCUUCGUUUUCGAGAAAAACGACUUUCUAUAUUUUCAACCUAUUUUUUCAUAUAGAAUCACCCACUUUCCGAUUGCAUCGUCAGUUCCAAGACACCCUGUAUAUAUACCAAGCACCAUCAAUCCAAUAAAAUAUUAGGAUCAUUAAAAAUUCAUUUGAUCGGAUGAUGUAUGUCUCUGAUUUGUAUUCCAUUUACAUAUUUCGUCAAUCAGAUGAUGAAACGACAUGUUGCAUUUUUUAUCUGUAUUUAUAUUUUAUAGCUCUUAGAUAGUCAAUGUAUCGAUAAAUUUUUACUUUUGUGCACGAUGAUUACACACAGAUUUAAAACGCUCGUUUCUCCUUUCUUAUCUGUUGAAAUCUCCUUUAUAGAAAGUGUAUAAAGUAUUAUAUAAAUAUAAUUGAGAUCAUAAAAACGAUCUUAUGUCCAGUAUAAA